AUGUCGAAUGAAAAGAGACCUAAUACAUUAUUAAAUUAUAAUUUUUCUACGAAAAAAAUACGUCGUGGUUCUGAAAAUUUAAUACCAAAUUCAAAUACACUCGUAGUGAUUACAAAUACGACAAAUAAUGAUGGCUCCAAUUUAUUUUUAUCCAAUGAUUCUGAACAUUUAGAUCAGUUAAACGUUGAACUUAAUAUUAGCGUCGAAGGUAAUGGAUUGAAAGUAAUUGAUUCUCGACCCGAUACCAAUAAAAAUGAUAUCGGCUAUUAUCUGUUAAAUAAAUUGUCAAUUAAUGAUGAAUUGAAAUAUUCUCUAUUAACAAAUCAUUUUAAACCUGAUCGAAAAUACUCAUUUCCAACGUUAUAUUCGAAUGAUCAUACAUGUUCUCGUCGAUUUCUGAUCAAUUGGUUGAAUGAUAAUUCAUUUCUUGUUUAUUCGCCAUAUAUUGAGAGUGGUUAUUACAUAAAUUGUGUAUUAUUUCGUAACGUUCAAGGACAAAAAUUAGAAUUAUUUGUUGAUAAAUCUUGUUAUCGAUACAAACACUUAAAACAUUUUACUACACCAUGA